AUGGUGGUCUACUCCUUCUAUAUAUUUGAUAGACAUGCCGAAUGCAUAUACAAGAGGCGAUGGCUACCUCCGUCAAUCUCGACGACAGGCAAAACUUCAAGGCCGUCUUCUCAGACAUACGUCAAUGGCGGGCCGCAAGUGCGCUCUACUUUGAGCGCAGAGGACGACGCAAAGCUCAUCUUUGGGACAGUGUUCUCCCUGCGGAAUAUGGUGCGAAAGCUGGGAGGGGAAGAUGAUAGCUUCCUCUCCUACCGAACGUCUCAAUACAAACUGCACUACUACGAGACACCGACUAAUACCAAGUUUGUCAUGCUUACGGACACCAAGUCCGGCUCCAUGAGGAUAGCCCUGCAGCAAAUCUACGUGAACUGCUAUGUCGAGUACGUCGUCAAAAAUCCGUUGUCUCCUGUCGAACAUCCUGGGGGUAUCGGUGUCAAUAACGAAUUGUUUGAAGCAAGCCUGGAACAAUUUGUGGAUCGAGUCCUGAACGCCCCUUGA